CCAUAGAUUCAAGCCAGUCAAGCCACUCCUUCAUUCGUACUCGGCCUUCUGGACGUCCUUGAGCACCUCGAGAUGGCCCCAAAGUCCACAGAGAAGGCUCCUGAAUCGACUGGAUCGACGAGAAGAUCCACUCGUUUGACCAAGUCAGCAUCGAAAGACGAGUCCAAAAAGAGAUCCAACGACGACGAGGCAUCGAGCAAGACCACAACGGAACCCGAGAAGAAAUGCAAAACCUACUACUGGCGGAACAGGAACCCUCAAGCUCGGAGAUACGCUGCCAAGUAUAAAGCUGCAGACGAAUGAGGACAAAGAGAUGGAUGUCAGUGAACUGGUAGGAGAAAAGGGCGUCGUGUUCUUCUUGUAUCCCAAGGCGGACACGCCUGGAUGCACCAACCAAGCGUGUGGGUACAGAGAUAUACACUCGGAGAUCGCGAAACUAGGGUACGAUGUCUACGGUUUGUCCAAGGACAAACCAGCGGCUCAACAAAGGUGGAAAGACAAAAAGGAGCUCAAUUACAACCUGCUCUGUGACCCUCAGUCCAAGUUGAUCAAGCGGCUCGGCGCAUUCCUUGCUCCUGACAAGACCAAGCGAAGCCAUUUCAUCUUUGAAAAGGGCUCAGGCAAGUUGAUCGAUGCACAGAUCGGUGUCAAGCCUGCCGACGACUCUCGGAACACGCUCGACUUCCUCAAGAAGCACCACAAAUAGGAGAUUUGAUCAGCGGAUAUCAAGGAAGGCUCUAUGGAAGCAAUGCAUCGUAUCUUGAGAGAUA